AGAGAGAGAGAUGUUGGGAGGGACUGCAGUGCAGUGCGAAAUCUGCAGCAGCAGGAUAAGAUAGAGCGGAAGCUUAUGAAUGACUGUCAGUCUUCUUAGUUGUGUCGCUCCUGUGGACAUUUUACAUGAAUGGUUUUUGGCUUCAUGUAGAAAGACUGCUGAUCUAGACUGCUGUUUUACUGAUGCCUUGCCUUGCUGUUUGGAGGAGCCUGUCUUCUUGUGUUUCUGUUCUGCGCUGAGUCAGUGUUAUCUGUUUAAUUUGAAAACGUGUUUUUAUUCUGUUUAUGAAUUAUUCACUGGGAUAAUUCAGGACAGGCAGGUUGUUAUCAGAGAGGUGAAGUAUCAUUCUACUGAUCCUUUGUCUCAGAAUGUAAAUAGAAUAGUGAGAAUGCAAAUUCAACAGAGGAAGGAAAAUAUCCAUUCUACGUUGUUUAAAUACAUAGAUGUGUUAUCUAGAUGUAUUUUAAUAUAAGAUUAGGGUCUAUUUUUGCAUUUGUUUACAAUAUUUGUGUUAAUCUCAUGCAUGUGUCAUCAUCAUGGUAUAAUAUAAUAUUUACCUUUAUGAUGUUAUAGAAGAUAUGUAUUGAUGUCCUUGUCCGUGUCAUUGCAAAAAAAAUGCACGCUGCAAUGAGAACAGUAUGUUAAUGUAACAGUCAACUUGUACAUUUUGUUGCAAAAUACAGAUACUAGGAAGAUUGUCCUCUUCUUCUGAAGUACUCUGGACAUGGAAUAGAUUCAUUGCCAGCUGCAUGCCCAUCACUCACAUCAAUGUUAUUUUUCCUUGUUUCCUAUUUAUUUUUCAUCACCUGUCAUCAGUAGGCUAUAUUCAGCAUCAAUUACUUAGAUUUUCCCCUUCACAGGAACAUAAUCCCAGUCUGUAGAGGAGUAUGUUCUAACCAGAUAAUGUGUGAUGGGAGUAUGAAGGGAGACAAGUCGAUAACCAUUAAUUAUCUUUUAUCAUCAGGAUAUAUUUUUGUCUUUGCGAUUCUCUUUCCCUUUUUCCCACAACCGACCGUACCACAGAAUAAAAUUGAAAAGCAUUCCUGCGGUGAAGAGGAAAUAUCCGUCUGGGAAAUUUGAGAAUUGAUUGGUUCUAGUGUGCUGUAAGUGGGAGGAUUUUUUUUUUGUAACAGGAAGUGAUUUUCAGUGUUCAGUGAGCCUUUUGUUGAGAAGGUCUCUGUUCAGAUCUGUGAGUCAUGCUUCUGCUUUGAGCCGGUAGGCAACAGUGAGAGGAGAGCAGCAGCGCAAUAUAACUAUAUCCUCCUCUACCACGUCCAUCUCUCUCUCUCUGCAUUCUGGAAGCUUCUGGAACCUUUUUUUCACCUUUCCUCCAUGUUCUAUUUCCAUGGAUUGUGUUCUUCUUUUCUGUUUAUUUUCUACCAACGGAUUGGAUCAUCACGGCGUUGGAUUUUCCUAACAGCAGCCUCAGCCUCAGCAUCAAUAACAGCAGUAGCAGCAGCACUAACCCAGCUCUCUAACUUCCUCAGUAGCAGAGAAAAUUCUAGUCAACCAUCAUACAGGGCCUGCUGGGGUUACUAUAAGGCAUUUGCUAUGUUUAAGGAGAGAAGGAUAAUUUACUUGGCGGCGUUACAUCUGCCGGUGCGUUUGUAAGGCAGAGGAGGGGGCAGAGGCAGAGAAGAGGGGAAUGCUUCACCGUACCAAAUACAACAGAUUCAGGAAUGAGUCGGUGACGUCCGUCGAUGAUCUACACGGCCUCACCAUGAACCCCAAGGUCUCGGCAGCCCCUGCGUCCUCCGCCGAGCCCCCGUACACCCCUCCUGCAGCGCCAUCCGAGGGCGGCGUGAACCACCACCACCCCGCUGCCGACCCCUCAGACGAUGGAGCCACCACCCUGUGCACCCUCAUCAACAAGGUGUCCAACCUGAAGUUCACCAACUCAGGCUCCAGCCUGCUGGGUAUCAAGAGCCUCCCCUCCCACGUCAAGGACCUGACCCUCUCCAAGCUGCAAGGUGCUGGAGGCUCUGGUGGUGGAUCCAGCUGCAUUGGUAGCGGCUCUGGCCCCAGUGUGUCGUUGGCAGCCUCCGGUGGCGGUAACGGUGGUGGUGGUAACGGCUCCUCCUGUGGCUCAGCCUCCAGCAUCUCCCACCACCACCACCCUCCCUGCUCCCACUCCCACUCCUCCCAGCAAGAGCCAGGCACCAUGAGCAACGCAGGGGGAAAGAAGGGCAGCAGGUUGGGGCUGGAAGAGAGGGAGGCUGGGCAGAGACAGGGACAUGGAGGGGAGGACUGGGGACCUAGUGGAGGAGGAGGUAACAGUGGACUGGUGAAUAAACCCUGUUCCAGAGGAUGGCUGCAUUCCAGUGAGAAGAUCUCUGGACCCGGAGUGACGUACAUUGUAAAGUAUUUGGGUUGCAUUGAAGUCCUUCGGUCGAUGAAAUCACUGGAUUUCAACACGAGAUCGCAAAUAACAAGAGAGGCCAUCAGCUUGGUGUGUGAGGCAGUCCCGGGGGCCAAAGGAGCGCUGCGGAAGAGAAAGCCUCCAUCUAAAGCCCUGUCCAGCAUCUUGGGGAAGAGUAACCUUCAGUUUGCUGGGAUGAGCAUCAAUUUGAAUAUCUCCACCAGCAGCCUCAACCUGAUGACCCCAGACUCCAAACAGAUCAUAGCCAAUCAUCAUAUGCAGUCCAUUUCCUUUGCAUCAGGAGGAGAUCCAGUGAGUGAUCCAGACACGACUCAUUAUGUUGCCUAUGUAGCAAAAGAUCCUGUCAACCGAAGAGCGUGUCAUAUUCUGGAGUGUUGUGAUGGUCUGGCCCAGGAUGUGAUCAGCACCAUCGGCCAGGCCUUUGACCUCCGUUUCCAGCAGUACCUCCAGUGUCCCUCCAGCAAGAUGACCUCUGUACACGACAGGGUUCUGAAUAUGGAGUCAGUCUGGACAGAGGAGGAGGAGGAGGAGCCUGCCGAACAUCCGUACUACAACAAUAUCCCCGGAAAGAUGCCACCACCUGGAGGAUUCAUAGACACCCGGCUAGGCCAGAGCAUCCAGGCUGAGCAGGCCCCAGGGGCUGGGGUGGACCAGACUUACUACCAGGGUAGACACUGUGGUGAGAUCUGGGGAGCGGACAGGAGGCCUACUGGGAUACUCGUCCAACAGGGAUCAUGUGACAUCUACAGUCUGCCGGAGGGGAAGAGUACAGUACCAAAAACGGGGGAUGUGCCUACGUACGUGAACACCCAGCAGAUCGACGCCCAGGUGCUGGCAGCCCUGCAGGCUGAACAGGACAGCAUGGCAGCAGAAGGGGCAGCGGGGACAGCAGCCAAAGAAAGUCCAAGGAAAGACCUGUUCGACAUGAAGCCUUUUGAGGAUGCCAUCCUGACCCAGUCAGCGGUCCCUGCCCUUCACAAGGCUGGAUCUGUGGAUAACUCCAGCCCCUUGUUGGUGCGCUCUGCUGCCUUCAAGGCCCAGGAGGAGCUGGAAGGCCAGGCCUGGUACCACGGCGAGAUGAGCCGACGAGACGCAGAGAAACUACUGGUAGAUGACGGAGACUUCCUGGUUAGGAAGAGCACCACCAACCCUGGGUCGUACGUUCUAACGGGCAUGCACAAUGGACUGGCCAAACACCUACUGCUGGUGAAUCCUGAGGGCACGGUGCGGACAAAAGAUCACAUAUUUGACAGCAUCAGUCACCUGAUAGGCCAUCACCGUGACAACAGCUUGCCCAUAGUGUCUGCAGGAAGUGAACUUUGUCUGAAGCAGCCUGUGGGCAACAGGAAAUAGUGACGAUCCACUCACUAAACCUGGUGGGAGAUGGAGUUCUGAAACUUAAACCUCCAAUCCCUCCUGAAAACCUGAAACUUGAAGAUGAAAAUAGAGAAUAUAUUAUUGUUGAAAAAAGGUUACUUAAAGAUGAUGACAGUGUCUUGGAAGCGGUCUGUGGCUGAGCAAACUCCCGGGCCACAAAAAAGGAGGAUGAGAAAGAAGAAGGUUUGCUGAUAUAAAAAAUAUUUAUAGAACUGUUAUUAUUUUCUUGUGAUGAUUGAAAUGCUAUAUUUUUGAGAAGACAUAUAUGUUGAUUUGGUGUUUUAAAAACAAAGAAAAACAACUGUUAGUAGUUUAGAUGACGAAGCGCAAAUCGACAUCAGAGAGGAAAGAAAAUAGUAUUUUCGAAUAAAACCCUGAAUUUUAGUUUUGUCUAUCAAGCACAACCAGAUUUACACAGUCAUUGGUAAGUAGGAUUUACAUAGAGGAGAACAACUAUUUGAAAAUGCUGUUGUUUAUAUUGAAACUAUUUUAGGAUUAUUUGUCCUUUAUCGCAGCUAUAGCGCGAUGACAUCUUCCCUUGGGGUUACUAAUGAAUCUAUCCUGGUCCCAGACCUGUUUGUGAUGUCUUGCCAACACCUGAGGGUGGGACAAUGACCAUAGCCCAUAGAAGUUGGUAAGACAGCACAAAUGGGUCUGUGACCAGGCUAAAAUGAAUCUGCUUUAUAAGAACUAAAGACGUGAAUGUGUUUUGCUUUACAGUAGUCACAGUGUGUUGGGGUCAGGGGUCGCAACCUUUGGCCCCUCAUAGUGCUGUCAACAUGGCUUUAAAGAUACAGGGUGAAUCUCAGUUGUACUCCCUUGAUUCCUUGCAUCCUCUCUCCUUGCCCCCCUUAUGA